AUGCCCGGACCAAAGGUUCCGUACUUCACGCCAAUUCAGGACCCAGCGGCCGGGACGGCGAGGGACCCUCAACCAGAGGGAACCCUCUUCUCUCCGCUCAAGCUGCGUGGCCUGACGCUACACAAUCGCAUCUUCGUGUCGCCCAUGUGCCAGUAUUCCGCGGACGACGGGCACAUGACGGCAUGGCACAAGACGCACCUCCAGAGCUUCGCGGUCCGCGGCACCGGCCUGGUGCUGACUGAGGUUCAGGCCGUGGUGCCUGAAGGUCGGAUCUCCCCUGAGGACCUAGGGAUCUGGGACGACUCGCAUUUGGUGGCUGCAAAGGAGGUUAUCGACUUUGUCCACAGCCAGGGCAGUCACAUAGGUAUUCAGAUGGGGCAUGCUGGUCGCAAAGCCAGCACAGUUGCGCCUUGGGUAAACCGCAAGGCGGUUGCAGGCGAAAAGGCACGAGGAUGGCCGAACAAAGUGUAUGGACCUUCUGCCAUAGCAUACAGCCAGGACACAUAUGUCCCGAAGGAGAUGACAUUGGACGAGAUCGACACCUUCAAGGUCAAGUGGGUUGACGCCGUUAGGCGCGCAGUGAAGGUCGGCUAUGACACAAUCGAGAUCCACGCCGCUCACGGCUACCUCCUCAACAACUUCCUGUCGCCAACCUCCAACAAGAGAACCGACAAGUAUGGCGGCAGUUUCGAGAACCGUUGCCGUCUCCUUAUUGAGCUGACCGAGCUGACGCGCGCCAACGUCCCUGACGACUACCCCAUCCUGGUGCGCCUCGCCGGUACUGACUAUCUGGAAUUUGACUCGUCCAUCCCGCAAUGGGAAAUUACCCAAGCUCAAAAGCUCGCCAAGAUCCUUGCGGACAAGGGUGUCGAUUUUCUCGACGUUUCGGGCGGCGGCCAGGACGCGAGGAUGCAAGUGACAAUGGCGCCCAAGUACCAGGCGCACCUAGCCGCCGCUGUUCGACAGGCCGUCGAGGGAACCGGCACGGUCGUCGGUUCCGUCGGCGGCAUUGCUACCGGGAAGGACGCUGCUGAGGUCCUGGCAGACGGCCAGGCAGACGCCGUGCUUGUCGGGAGGGCGUUCCUGAAGGAUCCCAACCUGGUGUGGACUUGGGCCGACGAGUUGGACAUUGACGUCCACGCGCCCAGUCAAUACGGAUGGCCGUUUGGACGCACUCGGACCCACAGGCCGAGCAAGCAUUGA